AUGAGAUGGGGUGAGAUGAGGCGAGGCGAGGUGAGGCGAGGUGAGGCGAGUGACGACAUCGCCCGUAAGUCUUGCCCUGUUGUUCCUCUCAGCCAGGGGGAAAAGCUGGAUCUGGCAGGUCAGCAGGAGUUCUCCAAUGCCAGACGUCUGUACGAUGCCUUGACCAACUUGACCCUGACCUCUCUGGAGGUCAACGUGGACAAAGGGAAGCAAAACUGCCAGAAACUUCUAGAAGCCAUCGGGGCCAGCGUUCAGAAGAUGACCAAUAUCACGGAGGUCACCUACAGUAAAGAAAUUUAUGAAUGGGCCGUGAACUUCAACAACAAGAUGCCCAAAGACUUGGCCACAGGAAUCCACACUUUGGAGAAAGCCGCAAAAGUCGUGUCCGACUCCUCAAAACUCAAACUGAAGCUUCAGUCUUAUGGUGGUGUCAAGUUCCUCGCUAGUGUUGGAAAAUUGUUCUCGUGGACAACUUUGAACGGAGAGACUCGUGUGGCCAAUCUCAGCUGGCUUCUGCAGUGCCUGAAUGUGUUGUUCACCAGCAGUCAGGGGUCGGAGGUGAACAAUGGGAAGGAUCCUGUUCUAGGGGACGCAACCCCGGUCACAACCCAUGAACUGCUGAAGGAGGAAGUGGCGAAGAGGAAACUGGACUGGACGCAGUUUGAGCAAGUGCUGACUGAGUUCGAGGAGCUAUUCGUGGUUCGCCCUCAUGUCGUGACCCCCUUCAACAACCUUCUCCCAGCACCUUCAAUGUCCGCUAAAAUAUUUUAUGAAUUCGACAAAGAUUCGAAAGAAGACGGCAUCCACGUGAGUUACAGUUUUGCCCUCAACGAGAACGUAACGACGGGCCUCCUGCACCGAAUUCUCUUGCGCUGCCUGCAGCUCCACCGACCCACCCACCUGUGGAGGAACGGGGCCAUCAUCAAUGACAGCAUCGUGGCCGUAAUGGUCGGACACCUGGCGGCCCAAAAAGAAGACGAGGACUACUGUAACAGCAAGAUCAUCAACCUGUCCGCGUACAUGAUGGCUCCACUCUCCUCUGACGCGUCGGACGUUGGACCAAAUGCUUUCCUGUUGUGGAGCACGAUCGAGAAGUAUCGGUCUGUGGUUCUCCACGCUCUCUUUGAGGCCGGCCUCGUCUGGGAGGAAAUUUGCCGAGCCUCGACAGAGAUCUUCCCCGCACCGAGCCAUGCAUUCCGUCCUGGAACCUUCUUUCUUCAACGCUGAAGUGGUGAAAAGUAAGGAGUUUGAGGGCUUUGUGCAGGGGUCGCUGUUAGAGCUGUCAGGUCCGUGCCACGUGAAGAUAAAAGCCGUCCUUGACCCGCUCGGCAGCCGUAAGUGCUCGGUGACCUUGGUGCAGGGGAACGUGCGACUUCUCAAGAUCCUCUUCCAAUCUUCAAAGGAGAAUUCAGUCUGCAUCGACCUGGCAAACAAAAAGAUCACAAGUUCCAUGGAUGGGAACACCACCUCGGACCCGAUCUCUGACAUUUUUGGAACCAGCACCUACGGAGGAGUGAUCCUUACGGCGUUGCUUCGAGGGCAGGAGUCGCUGUUUUUGGACAUCUACAUGGGGCCCAAGCUGUUGGCUUCUGUACCUGUCCCGUUUAACAAGUACCAUCUGGCUAUUGACGCUAAAGAUUUGAGCGCUGAGAAUAAUGCUGCUACUCUCACAGUGCAUGGGAACACGUUUAAGGGAUCUGACCCGGUGCUUGCUACAGGCAUGAGGCUUGAGGCCCUGGAUAGACUCACUCCCAACCUUGUCUGUGUGGCCACCAUUUUGGAAAUUGAUGAGGCAGCGGACCAGAUCUUGAUCCACUUUGAUGGCUGGACAGACAGGUAUGACUACUGGACCAACUUUGAAAGUGCUGACUUGCAUCCCCUGGGCUACAUGUACCAUAAUGGGAAGCGGCUGGCGAAGGAGAAAAGGAAGAAUUCCUCUCUACAGCCACCGAACAAUUACAGGAAAACGUUUGACUGGUUGACCUACUUACAAGAAGUGGGAGCUCCGCCAGUGCCUUUUGAACUGUUCAGUGAGGAACAAAAGGAGGGCACACAAGAGACGGAGACUUCUCGAGUGGAGAGCGGACUGAGCCCCGACAUCGUAGAGUCGUCUGUCGGCUCCUGUCUGCGAGGGGCCUUCAAAUCUCUGCGUAUUGAGCAAUCAGCAAAGACAACUUUAGCUAAGGUGGAGACAGACAUGCAGAAGCUUGACUCUCUUGUGACAGAGGUCCUUGGGACGGAUUCAAAGUUAUGGUUCUGCUUCUUCCCUGAAAACCUCUCCAUUGACACAUUGAGGUUCUUGGAAAUGAAAUCUAUUUUUUCAUCCAAGGCGCAGCACGUCCAUUUCUUGUGUCAGGGUCAAGCUUAUGACUUCCAUCUUGUGAACCACAAGGGGGUCAAGAUGUCCUCAGCAGACCUGCUGGAGUGGUCGCCAUACCUGCUAUAUUGUUACACUGUGCUGCUGAGGCAGAAGGUGACUGUGCCCAGUGAUGUGUCUGCUCUGUGCCCUGGAGCAGAAGCCUUGGUCAAAGAUAAGAUGUUUGUGCUUGAGCAAGGGAUGAAGAGAUUGUACAAUCUGUACCUGCAGCACUGUGUCUUCAUCACCACCAACCGCUCCAGCAAACAGAAGAAUCCAACGCCAGAGCAGGUUGGGAAGAUCACCGAGCUCCUCCAGACCUCGCUCGAAUCGGCCAGCGACGGCCUUGGUCAGCAGCUGAGUAUCUCACAGGGUACGACCGAGGUCAUGUGUCAAGGUCACCGAAUGGCCUUCUCUCAGAACUCGGGGAUCCAAGAACUCUCGAUCGAUAAGUUCAAUGGUCUUGCCCCAAAUAUCUACUCCCUUCAUCUGGAGAGCAACCCACUGACCUCUCUGCCCGGGGACUUGUUUGACCAUUUCCUCAACCUCACACAGCUCUGGCUCAAUGGAUGCAAAAUUUCAGAAUUGCCAUCUCUGGGGGAAAAUUCCUGUCUGGAAGAGUUGCAUGUGAACAAUAACCAGCUGUCUGGUUUCCCGGAUGACAUAAAACAGCUCAGCUCUCUGAAGAUUUUGGAUGUUUCGAGCAACCCUCUGGAAGUUCUCCCAAAAGUUGUUUCCUCGCUGACCUCCCUUACAAAGCUGUUAGCGGACAACGUGGGUACUGUCGACCUUGAACUUGUGUGCCCUCUGACCAGCCUGGAAAAGCUGAGCGUGUCCCACAAUCUGAUCGAGUUCAUUCCGCCCAAGCUCUCGGCCCUGCCUCUCACAGUCUUCUACAUGGCCGGUCUGCCUCUGAUGCCGUCCAACUUUUCCUUCUCCGCGGCUGGCGUCAACUCUUUCCUGGACCAGUACACGGUGUACCGCCGGCUCACCACUCAGGAGAGACAGGAGAUGAUUGAGAAAGCAGAGAACCUUGGGGAGAAAUCUGGCAACUCUGCCAAAAUCGCCAAUAUCAACCAGACUCUCUUCGAUCGCUACCCAAGGCUUGGCAAAAUGGAGAAACAUAAAGGAACUGGCAUCCCAGAGCCUAUCUUCCAGAUCACGACCCUGCAGAAGCUAAAUCUGUCGUACCACGCGUUCACGGUGGUGGCUGAGAUGGUUCAGGAGCUGAAAAACCUGGAGAACCUGAACGUGAUGAACAACCCACUCCUGGAGUCGGUCAGUGCUGAGGUGGCCAAACUGCCUCUCAAAGAAAUUCAUCUCCGUGACUGCGCCAGCUUGAAAACUCCUCCCAAGGAGGUUGUGCGCCGAGGCUUCAUAGCAGUGUUUGGCUACCUGAAACGUCUGCUGCAAGGAUCUGUCCCGUGCAAGCGCACCAAGCUCAUGAUGGUGGGGCUCGGAGGAGCUGGAAAAACCAGUUUGGUGAGGGCCUUAACCAACAAAUCGUUCCGAGCGUACCAGGACUACGGCGAACAGAUCACGGACGGCAUCGACAUCACCGAGUGGAAGAUCAGCUCCAAGGAGGUGGACCUCAAGGGGGAGGUAACUGACGACAGUGACGAGCCUCUCCACUUCAGCGUCUGGGACUUUGCCGGCCAGACGGUUUACUACAACACGCAUCAGUUUUUCUUGUCAAAUCGAGCGGUGUAUCUACUGUUGUGGAACAUCCGAUUGGGAUUCGAACACGCUGGCUUAGACUUUUGGCUUAGCUCUGUGGCGUGUCAUGCCCCGAAGGCUCCGAUCCUUGUCGUUGGAACACAUUGUGAUAAGGUUGAGCGGGGCAAGCUGCCCAUGGAAGAGCUGAAGAGACGGUUCCCCCAGAUUGUUGGCUUCCACUUCGUGAGCUCGUACAGUGGAGAGGGAAUCAAAGACCUCCGCAACGACCUCAUGGUGUCCGCCCUCAAGCAGAAGUAUAUGGGGGAAAAAAUUCCUGAGGCUUGGCUCUCCUUGGAGAGGAAACUGGACAAACUCCGCGCUGACAAGGACAAGGCUCUUCUUCCUUGGGAGGAAGUGGACCAGGUCGCAAACGCUGCGGGCAUCUUCGACCAAUCAGAGUUGGUACAGGCCAUCCAGUUCCUGCAUGACCUGGGCUCGGUGCAGUUUUUCAACACCAACUUCCUGCGCUCGCACGUGGUGAUUGUGCCACAGUGGAUCGUGGAUGUGAUGGCGUGUAUCGUCACGGUCCACGAGGGGCCGGUCAAGGAAGGAAAGCUGCUGUACUCAGACAUGAAAAACGUGUGGUCGGACUACGAGGAGUCCCUUCACCCGUGGCUGCUGCGACUGACCGAAGAGUUUGACCUGACCUUCCCGCUGAUGAGUGAGGAAGCCAACGUUGUUCCGUGCCUGCUGCCCAACACAGAGCCGCAGUAUGACUUUGCUGCCUUGGACAAAGAGAAAGGAGAAAGAGAGGCGCGGCUGAUCUACAAGUUUGACUAUCUCCCCGCUGGGUUGUUCAACAGAGCACAGACACGCCUGCAUCAGUUCAGCGACAGUUCUGUCAUGUGGAAGAAAGGCUUCAUGCUCAAAAAGAACAACCACCGUGCCCUUCUAUUGCAAAUCAGUGCGACAGAGGUGAUUGUCACAGCCCGGGGGUUCAAACCCGAGAACACGCUGUUCUUGGUGCACGAGGUGUUUGAGACCCUCAUCGCCGACUCGUACAGUGGCGUCUCUUACGACUUCUCGCUGCCGUGUCUCGAGUGCAUGUCGGAGUUUAUCCUGGAGCCCUGCAUGUUUACCGCGUCCAAAGUGAAACGAGCUUUGGACAUGAAGGCACCAUUUUUACAGUGUGAUCAAAACUUUCACAUUGUUUCCAUCCCAGAGAUUCAGGCUGUCAUGCCGCCAGCAUCUAGCGCAGACUUUGACGAACACUUGGGUCGCAGCGUGAGAGAGCUGCACGACCUUGGGGGAGAGGUCAUGGCCAAAGUCCACCUCAUCUAUUCUCGGCGCAACGUUCCUGACCUGACCAAUGAGGGCAAGGUCAUGAACCCCUUGCAGAUCUUGGAGGAUCUCAGAGGGGCUGGGUAUAAUGUGUCUUACUGUGACGAUCCUGAGACCACCAACCAAGAGUCACAAACGAUGGUGAUCAAGGCAGCUCAGGCUGUGGUCUUCUGCAUAUCGGAUGAGUAUGUGGAGUCGGAACAAGCUCGUAAUCUCAUCAUUUACACCAAGCAGACGCUGAGGAAGAACAUUCUUCUCAUUGCCAUCGGGAAAACUCUGAACUGGAUGAAAACCGACAUCAAUCUGAUACUGGCUGACGAGGAGGGUUUCUUUGAGGACCUGGCAGACGGUCUGAGGAAGGCAAAAGUGAUGGUGGCCUUCGUGUCCGAUGAGUACGCCAAGUCCAAGAACUGCCGGAUGGAGUUCCGAUUCGCCGUGUCCACUUUGAGGAUUCCCAUCGUCCUGGCGGUUGUGGGCACCGGCUACGAGUGGGAGCGGUCGGAGGAAGUGCUGGAGCUGAGCCAGAGGAAGUUCCUGCGGCACAUCACGACGUACGCUGACGGCCCCGACUACCCACGUCUGGUGCUCAUCGACUUCAAGAGCCAGGAUCAGCCCCCUCAGAGCAGCCAGUCCAGUGAAGACAAAGAAGCAAAGGAAGCUACUGAAAAGAAAGAAGAAACUCAGAGCGAAGAUGUUGAGAGUGAGAGGAAAGCUGUGGUAGAAGAGAUGGCGACAGAUGCGGAGGGAGUGGAGAAAAGCAACAAGUACUGCUUUAGGCUGCUGUGUGAGCACGAACAGGGAUGGCACGAGAGUCCUCUCGCUGUGGACUUUCCUCACAAAGAGGGUGCUGCCCUAGAUGAGUUCCUCAAGGACUCCUCACCAUACCUGGCCCGCAUACACGCCAUCCUCAAACACACCAAGAUAAACCUGGGGAUCUUGAACACGCCGCAGGGGGAGAGGAUGCGCAGGAAAAUGGAGGAGUGGUGUCCCCGUGCAAACCCAGAUUUUCACAGCGAGUACGGCAUGCUUGUGGACACUGUGUCGGAGAUGGAUCCAAACCUGACCUACGGUGGCCUGAAGAGAUGCCACAUGCCCAACGGUAAGGUGUUGUGGCUGUGUGAGCAGCACGAGGGGUCGUCGUUCACGCAGACGAAAGAGAAGUACAAGGACCAGCUCCAGAUCAACCCAGCGGCCGAAGACAAAGGCCUCGAGAUAGAGCCCGAGAAACCGACCGUGGAGAGGUCUCAACAAGUGGAGGUCUCCCAGGCUGCCCCUGCCGCGGCCAGCAGUAACGUGGUGACCGACCCCCGACCAGACACAGGUGAGAGUUCCGCAACGUCCAGCAAGUCACCGGAGGGCCAGCAGAAAGCGGUCAAACUUAGCAAGACCGCCGGUGCACAGCAGCUGCCCCCUCGCCGGCCUAAGCUGAGUCAACGAAGCAUGUCUGGCAAGAAGACGUCGAGUCAAGCGUGCCGAUUAAUGUAGUCACCCACCCACCCACCCACCCUGUUUUGUUGCUGUCGUAUGCUUUCUGACCAAUGAGGGUGCAAUACGUUUCUUUUACUUUCUCAGACUACUGUCAAAAAUAUAUUUACUUAUUAAUUAUUUGUGGGCGUUCAGAGUCUUCUACUGUGCUCCUCAAAUUACUUCUCCAGUAAGAAUUUUUGUUUCAUUCUUACACAGGGUACAACAUGUAGUACUACUAUGAUUUUGGAAACUUGUUUUGCCAUAUAUUGCUACACUGUAGUACCACUGUGAUGUUUGAAACAUAGUUUUGUCAUAUAUUGCUACACUGUAGUACCACUGUGAUGUUUGAAACAUAGUUUUGUCAUAUUGCUACACACUAGUAAAACUGAUGUUUGAAACUAGUUUUAUCAUAUUUCUGCAUGACUGUACCACUGUGAUGUUUGGACCUUGUUUAGUCAUAAUAUUGCUACACGAUGAUAGUUACACUGUGAUGUUUGAAACUUGUUUUAUCGUAUUUCUGCAUGACUGAACUACUAUGAUUUAAGAACUCGUUUUAUAUCAUAUUGCUUCAUGGUAGUACUACUGUGAUAUCUGAACUUAUUUAAUCAUAUUGCUACACAGUAGUAAAACUGAUGUUUGAAACUAGUUUUUAUCAUAUUCCUACAUGGUAGUAUUACUAUGAUGUGAGGAACUUGUUUUGUCAUAUUGCUACCUGGUAGUACUACGGGGAUGUCUGGAACUUGUUUUCUCGUAUUGCUUCAUGGUAGUAAAACUGAUGUUUGAAACUUGUUUUCUUGCAUUGCUCAAUUUACACAUUCCAAUAUGAUUUCUGCUGAAACUGCAGUUUGCUGUGUCAGUGCUUACUAAUGACGGGUCUUAUUUUUAGACAUUUUGUUACCAUUUUUUUUUUUAGAUUUUACAUUAAUGACAUCUUUAUCCCACACACUGUCGACAUUUCUGUAUUAUUUCCAGUGAAAAUUUUAUCGCUUAAUCCUUUUUUAUCACCAAUGACAAUCAUUAAUUUAUUUUGAGAAAAAA